GCCGGGCAGAGGCAAAUCUUGGGGCCGCUAUUCUCUCUCCUUUGCAGCGAGCAUUGUCGACCAAACUCUCUUCUCUUCGUACACACUCUCCUUGAUUGAUGAGUUGUCAUGGCGCUCAAGGACAGCAUCUCCUCUCCUCUCGAGGCGGGCCCGUCCGUCCUCGACGCCCACCACAUCCCUCCUCAUCUCGUCCCCGUCCUCGAGUAUACGUCGAGCCGGCUGGCCAAAAAGGCCGUCCACCUCACGCUCAUUAUCGUCCGCAGAGACUACCAGCUGCUCAACACAAACACAAACACAAACACGGCCUCUUCAACGCCGAGAACGCCCCGGACUCCUGCAACGCCUCUGUCGCCCCCCCUCUCCGGCGGCAGCACCGGCAGCCGUCUCGGCCUGUCCAGCCCCGUCGUGGCUCUGAAGCAUCUCAUGCGAUCCGCCUCGCAGCACGUUGUUGGAUCCGGCCGCUCUGUGCAAAGCCCGAGGAGUGCCGCGCCUCUCAUCUCACAUCCCUUUGCAGCCAACGAGCUGCCCAGUCCCCGGUUCCGAUGGCCGCUGUCGCCCACAACGCCGCUGUCUCCGCCGCCCAUGACGCCGUCCACAGCUUCAUCGCUGACGACCACUGACAGCAACGGACCGCCAACCCCGAAUUGCACGGGGCUCCGCUGCUUCUAUUCUGGCGACUUGUCCCCGCGGACAGAAAAGAUCCUCAAGAGCACUCUCAUCAAGGCGGGGAUCAAGUUUGGCGUCGGGAGCGGAUGGCUUGUGCCCUUUACAAGCCCCAGCACCCGCGAGCUUGCAACCCAGCUCUUCCACAGCUCCGUCGUCCAAAGCGAGAUUCUCUUCUCGUCCGACGGCCUGACUCUGCUGACGCUCGACCGCCUGUACAGCAUCAAGAGCGCGCUCUCCAGCUACUCCAAGACGGGUUCCGCGCUCAUGCUGGAAGAUGCCGUCGACGAACUGCGCCGCUUUGUCCUGGCCCACAACGGCCGCCGAGUCACCAGAUCAGACCUCGUCCGGUCCUACGACUGGCUCAGCGUCAGCAAUUCCGCCAUCAUAGACCUCGAUCGCAUGUAUCGACGAGCGUACGGCGGAUACGACCAGACGGGCGGCAUCGCCGGCAUGGCGCCCGAAGCAGUAACCAAGCCAUUCGUGCUCCAUCUGCCGCCGAAAAGCAAGUUCGAAGACUGGGAAGACGGAAGCCUCAGCCCUUCGAGCACCAUCCUAGACGACGACAUCAUCGGCGUCGCCGUGACAGCCGUGCACCUUGUCCGCCCACCAACUCCCCGGCGAAUCGGCCCCAUCUUGAAGCUGCAAACCGACUUUCCAUCCAAAUCCAAGUAUCUGGACCUCGGAGACCAAGUACCCCAGGAAGACGAGGACUCAGAGGACGAUGAAGCCCAUACCGCUCGACCCGUGGAUAAAACAGCCGCUGCCAUGUGGAACAACCGCCUCACCAUUGACCAGAUGCUCAGCCCAAACCAGGACCUGCAUUCGCCUGCCGUAGGGCCCAUGACUCCCCACGGAUACGAGGACAUAUCUCCCGUCACGCGCGGAGAAUGGGGCUUCCUCAUGGGCGGCAAUGGGCUGCAAAUAGGGAAAACAGCAGCGGUAGAGACGUUUUGAUGCCUUGUAUGAAGACCUUGAUUGUAUUGAGUGAAUGUGGCAUAUGAUUUUUUUCUUCUUCCCUCCUCUUCUCUUCUUCCUUUUUUCUCACAUCUUCUUCUCCCUUUUCAUUUCAUUACUUUCUUUUCAGACAAUUUCUUCUUGUUACAUUCUAUAAGUUUCUACAUUUCAUUUUCAUCCAGGGAAGCGAGGUGAAUCGGCGUUUUUGGGUGGCAAAACGGGAGGGUAUAUUAGAAAGUUUUUCGCACAUACGCAUCAAAAAAAAAAAAAAAAUAUACAAAAUUUUUAUGAAAUGCAGUCUUGAUACACAUGUCUUUUACCUUGUCUCAUC